AGGGCGCUUCCUGUUUGGAAUCUUCUCAUGUUUUUGCCUGCCAUAUGAGUUCUGUUAUACUCACAGACACCAUUCAAACAGUUUUAGAAACUUUAGGGUGUUUUCUAUCCAAAGCCAAUAAUUAUAUGCAUAUUCUAGUUACUGGGCAGGAGUAGUAACCAGAUUAAAUCGGGUAUGUUUUUUAUCCAGCCGUGUCAAUACUGCCCCCUAGCCCUAACAGGUUAAAGAUAAUGAUUAAAUAAUUCUACCCUGAAACCUAACUAUUAGUGAUAUGGUUUAUGUAGCCUGUAUAAUGAGUAACUAAAAUGUUAAGCAUAAAUCUAACGAGGUUGGACUGGGAAAGAGGUGUGUGUGUGUGUGUGUGUUUUAAGUAAACACCAAGAACCGUUAAACUGUGGUUGACCUGACAGCUUGAACUCUGAGGGUUUAAGAUAUGAGAGGGAGUACCCAUCAAGGUUUCCCUAAUCUCGGAGGAAUGAAACUGUCGGCUGGGUAAUGAUCUACAGUGUUGAGAGUUCUGGGGAAGAAGAUAACUAACUCUCCUUAAUGUUUGUGUGUAUGUGUGUGCAUAAAUAAGGAGCCUGGUAUAUAAUAGAUGUCUUUGUACAAUGGACUUCAGAGCACCCUCGUGAAUAAACAUUUUUGACUAUUGUAAGCUGGGACUGUCUGUUUCAUUCAACCAGAAUCUUACAAAUCCGGGUUGCAGACUGAGUAUUUUAAUUGAAGUUCAGUUUAAGAACAUUGAGAGCAUAAUUCUCCUAACAACUAGAAUGGAACACUGAUGCUCUGGUUGCAUUUGAAACACUUAAAAAGUAGAUUCAAACAGCACCAGCUCUAGCAGCCCCAGAUUACCCAAACCAUUUUUGUUAUACGUAGCAAAUAGGUGUGAUAAUUAUGCAGCAGCUGUUCUUAUACAGGAAACAUGUAGUGGUAGGAAGAAACAGCCUAUCGCUUAUUACAGUUCUAAACUGGAUCCGGUAGCUCAGGGUUACGCACCGUGUUAUCAAGGGUUGGCAGCAUUGCAUUAUGCUUAUGACAAGGCGUCAACUAUCACCAUGGGAUAUCCCGUGAUUAUAAGCACUCAUCAUAAAAUAGUGGAGCUGAUAGAACAGGAUAAAUUUGUAUUAACUUCUACGGGCUAGGUGGGACGCAAGCGUCCCACCUGCCUAACAUCCGGUGAAAUAUCAGAGAGAAAAAAUUCUAAAUACACAAUUCGUAAUAUUAAACAUUCUUGUAAAUACAUGUAUCUUACAUAAUUCAAAAGAUUAACAUCUUGUUAAUCCAGCCACAGUGUCCGAUUUCAAAAAGGCUUUGCGGUGAAAACAUACAUUAUAAUAAUCUGAGGACAACGUCCCGCAAACACAAGCAUUACUAGCAUUUUCCAACCAAGCAUUAGCGUCACUAAAGUCAGAAAUAGCAAUAAAAUAAUCAAUUGCCUUUGAAGAUCUUCUUCUUUUGGUGAUACAAAAGGCCCAAUCUUCACAAUAAAUGGUAGUUUGUUCUAUAAAAUCCAUUUUUUAUAGCAUAACACGAAACAUUUCCUAACCGGCUAGUGUCAUGAAUUCCGACUCCUUCAACUUUCGACGAAGCAUUCAAUGUAAUUACUCCCGCUAAACACACGUUUAUCCAGUCAUGGUUGGCUUCAUUGCAAUCCUCUGUUUUGUUAGUAACACAGCCAUACUUGAUUGUUCUUUUUGCGGGAUGUAUUGACCGAAAAGACCUGAUUUGAACACACCUAACAAUGACCUCAUUGCGCGCCAAUGAUAUGACCAGUGCUUCGUUGAUUGACUGUAUUUCGGACCAAUGACCACUGAUCGUCUUGAAAUCUAGCUUGGUAGAUAGCCAAUGAGCUAAAGUAAACGGCAAUAUGUAAUGGUUAUAUCCGGGAUGACCAGCUCUUGAACGAAAGUCGAGCGUAACACAGCCAUUCGCCAUUGAAACUUCUACCUGCAGGAGCCACAUUUGUUUGCGCGUAGCAGUUUUGAGUCGAGAUAAUUUUCAGCUAUUUCAUCGAUUAAAAUUAUGGUGAGUAAAUCUGGAAAAUCAAAGGCUGUCCAGGUAUACAGAUGUACAUGACAUAAUUGAUUAAAUAGAUAGAGAUAGUGACACCGAAUUACUUGAAGAGGAGUCGGAUUGUGAGUCAAGUUUGGACUCUGAGUUUGAGGAAAUGUUUUUGCAUGGAAAGGACGCGAUUUUGGACGGGUGUGUCACGUCCUGACCAGUUAAGGGUUAUGUGUUGUUGUAGUUUGGUCAGGAUGUGGCAGAGGGUAUUUGUUUUAUAUGGUUCGGGGUGGUGGUGUAGGUAGUAGGUUGUUUUAUUUAUGUAUUCCAGGGGUUUUGGUCACUGCUCUGUGUUUAUGUAUUUCUAGGUUUAGUUAGUUAGUUGUGGGUAUAGGUUCUAGGUGUGUUUUCUAUGUAGAGUUAAUUGGGAUUGGACUCCCAAUUGAAGGCAGGUGUGUUGAGUUGCCUUUGAUUGGGAGUCCUAUAUUAGUAGGGUGUGUUUGUGGGUAAUUGUUUGUGAGCACUGUGUUUAUUGAGCCUGCUACACUGUCUAGUCGUGAGUACUGUUUAUUGUUUUGUUUUUCCUGUGGAUGCUUUCGUUUUUCCAUUAAAAGAAGGAGUAUCCACAUACCCGCUGCAUUUUGGUCAAUUCAACACGGCACAAUUUAUGACAGGUCCUUCUGAUUCUGACUGGGAGCCCCCACUGCCAAGGUGCCCAUCCCCCCACAGGAGCUGAUUCAUCUAGCCGGACCCCUGCUGUCUCCGGCUCCACACCUACCCCCACCCGGCCAGGUGUGAAGUCUGUGACAAAGAAGCGGAGGUGGGGCAAAGCUAAACCAGCAAUCAGAGAGGAGGAGGGUCGUUGGCACUCUGUGCUGGUGGAGGAUGUGGGCCCACCACCUCCAAUAUUCAGACCGAAAAGGCCACCAGGACCUCAGCUGGACAUGACCUCCAACUACAGCCCCAUGCAACUUUUUCAACUGUUUUUUACAUCUUCAGUUAUUGAUUCCCUUGUCUUCAACACUAAUAAAUAUGGUGCUAAGAAGCAGGCAGGCAAAAAAGAGGCAUGGAAGCCUAUUUCCAUGUCAGAUAUUUUUUGUUAUUUAUCAAUGGUCAUAUACAUGGGUCUAGUGAAGCUGAAAACCCGGAAACAGUAUUGGAAAACUGCACACCUCUAUCAACUGCCUUUCCCCUGCACUGUCAUGUCGUGCAAAAGGUUUCUGACAAUCUCACGGGCGCUUCAUAUCAGUGACCCAGAAGUUGACGGGGACAACGACAAGAAGCGAGGCACAGCAGGGUAUGAUAGGCUCUGCAAAAUUAAACCUCUCUACCACAGUAUAGUUGAGGCCUGCAAGACCUAUUUUCAGCCCGCCCAGAACCUUUCCAUCGAUGAGAGGAUGGUGGCCUCAAAGGCCAGAAUCAGCCUAAAACAAUACAUGCGUAACAAACCAACUAAAUGGGGUUACAAACUGUUUGUUUUGGCUGAUUCUGCGUGUGCAUACAGGUGCAAUUUUUUUGUUUAUGAGGGGAAGAGCAGUUUUGCGACCGGUAAGGGACUCAGCUAUGAUUCUGUCAUGGCGUUAUUAGAUUUUCAACUGCUGGGGAAGGGCUACAAACUUUUUGUGGACAAUUUCUACACAAGCCCUACCCUGUUCACAGACCUGAGGAAGCUGGAUAUGUGGGCUUGUGGCACCAUUCGGCCCAACAGAGUGGGCUUUCCAAAAACCAAGGAGAACGACAUGCCUAAGCGGGCUGAGCGGGGUACCAUCCGAUGGAUUCGCCAAGAUGGCCUGCUCUUUGAAGUGGAUGGAUACCAGAGAGGUGGCCAUGUGCGCCAGUAUCCACAAGUCCUUCAGUGGAGAUCACGUCAUCAGGCGUGUGAAGGGCGCUACUGGGGCAUGGACAGCCAAAAAUGUCCCCAUUCCUGCAGCUAUCAAGGACUAUAACAAGAGCAUGGGGGGGUGUAGACCUGUCAGAUGCGCUGAUAGGCUACUAUAAUGUGCUCCACAAGACCACGAAAUGGUACAAUACUUUUUUUUAUCAUUUCAUUGACAUUGCUGUUGUGAAUUCCUUCAUCAUACAGAAGGAAAUGGCCAAGAGCUGUGGAAAGCUCCCCAUCUCACAGCUAGCCUUCCGAGAGCUGCUCAUCCAGGAGCUUGCUGGCUACAGCAAGUCCACUGCAGCACCUUCUGUCCCCUCUACCUCUGUCCCCUCUACCUCUGUCCCCUCUACCUCUUCUGCUCCUUCAACCAGUGGUGUUCACCUGCCCAAAUUCAUCUCUGCAGGCAUGAAUGUGCCUCAGGGCAAAAAGGGCACAGUGGGGAGGUGACGCUGUGCCCUUUGUCACAGGAAAUGCCCCAUCACAUGUACCACCUGCUCAGUAACUAUGCUUUACAGCAGAAAGAGACUGCUAUGGGCCAUGGCACAAGCAGCACAAUUUUGUGUAGAGGACUGAGGGUCCUCACAAUAUUGUACAUUGAAUGUCUGUAAAUAGUUACCCUUGUUAUUACAAUUUUUCAAAAUGUGAUUUUUUUUUUUUUUUUUUUUACUUUUUUUGAGGAGUGUUAGAAUAUAAUUUUUGUAUAUAGUUUUUUACAUCAAAAUGUAUCAAUUUGGCCACUUGGGUACAUUUGUGUGGGACACCUGGGUGACUUCAUGCUCAAUGUCAUUGUAGCUCGCUCAUUCCUGAAGAUAUGUGUCUGAAACUUUUCUCAGAUACCGUUGCCCUCUUACAUUCUGCAGAGAAAUUAUCCCCAGCAUCCUAUCUGAAUGUUUGGCUGUUCCUGUUCAGUUGAAAGUUGGUGCAACAACAAUAAAAACCAGAAAACGUA